AUGCGUUCAAAGACCCUCUGCUCAAACGAAGAAGCCGAAAUCAUUCCUCCAAACGCAGCUAGCUCCCUCCAUCCGUUAUGGGAGGCCUUGCCACGGGAGCUUCGACAGAUGGUACUCAAGGAGCUUAGCCCGCUGGCUAAGAAACGACAUCAAAUGGCACAUUGGGCGAGCGUCUCAAAAGAAUGGCAAUACUUCUUCGAGCCCGCGAUAUUCAGAACCUUGAGAAUUCGGUCCCCCGGGCCCGAAAUCGAUCGCAUGGGAGAGAUCGUGAGAGACUACCGGAUAGGGCUUGUCAGGAAAAUCAUACUCCUCAUUGGAACGACCGAGUACAACAGCGCCGAAUAUGUUCAGCCAGAGAAUAGCGACACGAUAAUGGCAAAUAAUGCGGCAGCCGCGAACGCUUUGACAGCUCUGUUUUCUAUUCUCUCGGAAUGGGGUAAGACCACACCUGAACACCAUAUUUCGUUCAAAGUCGGUGCUGGCUCGAAAGCCGACAGCCAUCACCCUUACCACGACUUUUAUCGAUACACUCUUCGUUACCAACCGCGAGGGGACUGGAUUUCGAAUGCCAAAAAGCGUCUUCUAGGCAACCUAUUAGACCCCGAUUUCCAAGCUCGCGAGUUACCUGAAGUUCCGAUUAUCCGGGGAUUCACCAUGGACCCGCAAUACUAUCGAAGCUUUUCAGGAGAGUCUAUGGAAAAGAUACUCACUAGCAUGCCUCGUCUACGAAACUUCAGAUAUUGUUACUGGCCUGCGGUUGAUCAAAACGGGCACGCGACACGCGAUGCGGCCAAUGAAAGAAUCCUCAAAGCGGUCGUCAACAACCCCAAGAUCCAAAUAUUAGUCUUUUUGAAAGCAAAAUCCAAGGCAUUUCCUACAGAGGGCUGGCAAGACAGGUCGGUCAACCACGAUGUUGUCUCUGCCACUGUGAGGGCAAGUUACCGACUUCGACGCGUCGCAAUGCUUGGCACCAUCAACGCCGCAUACUUCUUCCGAGAUCACAUGCAUGGUACAGAUUUUGAUUCCCAGGAAGAUGAACCAAACCUCUCAAGACAUUGGCCAGAUCUCACUCAUUUGGCCCUUACAGCACCUAUUAAUCGACUUUUAUACAACGAUUCCGAGGUAGACAGCUUGAUUAUCUCAGCAGGCACGGCGGCCUCACGCAUGCCCAAACUAAAGAUGAUGGAAGUUUAUUCUCCAGGGAACGUGGUGGGAUUUUUCUUCCGGUAUGAAAUUCGGGAGGAUAACACCGCAAAGCUCUUUAUUGCAGCGACAUGGGAUCUAGAGAUUGGUGUGUGGGCUAUCAGACCUUGGGAGCAUGCAGCACGUCGACGUGGGCUCCAAUUUAGUUGCGAAGUAGAAGACCUUGAGCCGGAGGUUCUGUGCUCCAAGCUUCGGCUGUUUCCACAAGUAAAAAAGUGGUAG